AUGGUCGCAUUCAUUAUUCCUAGCAACUACGGUGCUGUCAUUGGCGUCGCCCUCGGCGCCAUUCCCGUCUUGGGAUUCGUUCAUGGUUGUAUCACUGGUAGCUUCCGCAAGGAGGCCAAGGUGCCCUACCCUCACAGCUAUGCCUCGAUGGAGCUAUGCAAGGAAAACCGGAAAGCUGAACAGUUCAACUGCGCCCAGCGCGCUCACACCAACUUCCUCGAGAAUGCCUCGCAGACAAUGCUCUUCACCCUGGUCGCUGGUCUGAAGUACCCGGAGUUGGCUGCUGGUCUGGGUGCUCUGUGGGUUUUCUUCCGCGCUCUUUUCCUUUACGGCUAUGUGUACUCCAACAAGCCGCAGGGCAAGGGCCGCAUGGUAGGCGCAUUCUUCUGGCUGGUGCAGGGUGCUCUCUGGGGAUUGAGUGUCUUCGGUGUUGGAAAGGAACUGCUUUAA